AUGGUCGGACCAACAAGACCUCAGUUUGUGAUAUUUGGCUCGUCCAUUGUCCAGUUAAGCUUCGGCAAUGGAGGAUGGAGUGCCAUUCUCGCUGACCUCUAUGCUCGUAAGGCCGACGUACUGGUGCGAGGAUACGCUGGUUGGAACUCGAGGCGUGCUUUGCUGGUUUUGGAUCAAGUAUUUCCCAAGGAUGCCACAAUUCAGCCAUCUUUGGUGAUAGUCUAUUUUGGUGGUAAUGAUUCGGUGGAUCCUCAUCCGUCAGGGCUAGGCGCUCAUGUACCACUUCCUGAAUAUAAAGAAAAUAUGAGAAAGAUUGGUAAACAUUUAAAGAGUCUUUCAGAAAAAACUCGCGUUAUCUUUCUUACUGCUCCUCCUGUCAACGAGGAACAAAUUCAUGAAGCCAGUGACUAUGUUCCGCCAAAGAAUCGAACAAACGAGUCCUGCAAAGCAUAUUCAGAUGCUUGUUUAGACGUGUGCCGGGAGUUGGAUAUCAAAGGUGUUGAUUUAUGGACUUCAAUUCAAAAAAGAAAAGACUGGUCUACUACGUGCUUUACGGAUGGAGUCCAUUUUUCAUCCGAAGGGAGCAAGAUUGUGGGGGAGGAGAUACUGAAGGUGCUUAGGGAAGCAGACUGGGAGCCCCGCCUACACUGGAAAUCGUUGCCAACGGAAUUUUCGGAGGAUUCGCCUUAUGAUCCGCCCGCUGCUGAUGGAAAAACAACUAUAAACAUCGCUGAGAUCAGCGUUAAUGAGGGUGUCAAGCACUUGGGGACUAAGCAAUGAGAUUUAAGAUAUAGUGCAAGUUUGCU